AUGGAAAGUGCAACGGAACUGCCUGUACCGCCAAAGAAGAGGCAAAAUCCUAAUCGGUGUAGACCAAAAUCCAGAGGGGGCUGCCAAAAGUGCAAGCAGCGGCGACGCAGGUGUGACGAGACAAAACCAAGCUGCCUAGAAUGCUCUAGGCGUGGCUAUGAGUGCCCUGGGUACCAGAAGCAGAGUUUACAAUGGCGACACGUUUUCAAAGAGGACGAAGGGGCCCAGAAUUCCCAGAAUCAAGUGCAGUCGACUCUUGACACAUCCAGCCCUCAACCAACAACAAUAAACACCAGUCAGACGCUGGAAUAUAGCAGCCCUCAAACCGAGCUCCCAGACGACUGGAAAACCUCUUCUCCAAAUAUCUUCGACCAAAUACCGGACCUCUCCGAGCCCAUAGAUGCUUGGUUUAAUGUCGAGUCAGAGCCAGACAGUGUAGCAUUGUCAAAACCCGGGGGUGAGGCAGAUGGAUUGUCAAUCUUGCGCCAGCGACUGGCCUCUACGUCGGUCCCCUCUUUUCUCAUUCAACUACCGGUGAUGCUGGUGCAGUACUGGUUUCACACAGUUUGCAAUCAGUGGUCAUCUUUUGACUGUCCCCUCAACCCAUUCCGGAUCAUCGUCAGUCGGCUGUGGAGCAAUAAUGCAGCCAUCUACUUUGCAAUCCAAAGCAUGUCCGCUGCCUCACUGGCAAAUGACUUUCCAAAUAUGCGUGCCAUCGGAAUACAGACUCAGCAACAAGCAAUAUCAUGUCUAAACAAUGUCGCGCAAAAGGGAUCCGCACAAACCAAGGAUGACGAGUACUUUCUGGCCCUUCUUCUGGUUGGAUCCACCACCGGGUGGCACGACCCGUCUGACCUAGGACUCAAGUAUCUGAAAGCAGCUCAGGAUCAUCUUUCAAGACAAGAACGGCGAUGUAGCAAUUCGAAUCCUGCUCUGGCCAAGGAGCAUCCGCUUUUCAAGCAGUGUCUGCUUUAUUGGAACCUACUAGCUGCUUUUGUUGCAGAGGAGUCGCCGAUAGUGGAACUGGAAAGCCAUACGGAGAUAAGCGAGCCGGAUCUCUCGAUCUAUCUUGUGGACGGACAGGCCCUGCCCCAUCCCUGGACCGGAUCUUUGAGAUAUGCGCUCAGUCUCUUCUACAGAACAGCUAGAGUCAUCCGGGCAGCGAAGACUUUACAUCGUAGAAGGGAAGACACGCUGCAUCCCAAUCUUAUCGAUCUAAGUUCCAUCGCAGAAGAGCUUGAUCUGAGACAAACGGCGGAUACCAUCGAAGAAAAAAUUCUUUUCACGGGGUUCUCGUUUUACUGCGGACCUGUCGAUAUCGGCGAUACCAACACGCCGCCAUCACAUUUCCUUACACUGGCCGAAGCAUAUCGAUGUGCGGCCAUAUUGCAAAUAUACCAUGUUUUCCCGGAUAUUCUGCAAGAGAGAUUACACAAAAACGAGACCGCCGACGAUGAAAACCCUAUUCCGGCUCUCUUUUUGUUACUAUUCCCAGCACCUACCGGGUGGUCAUCUCCUUCGGCGGAGGACCUGCGACACACAUUGGCAUUGCAUAUCGUAUCUCUUCUGGACCAACUUCCCUUAACGUCUGGAACAAAAGUCAUGCAGCCCGUUAUAUUGGCUAGCAUUUCAAGUGACCUUGUGUUCUCUUCUGGGUCGGUUCUGGGCGCUUCAGUCAAUGCUAUUCCCAGUUUGAAUACACUGGAUGUCGAAAUUGCCCAGGCCCGACGCAAAGUCAAGAUGAGAUUGACCGAGCUUCUGUUGAUAUUACCGAAACUUCCGAUGCAACGCAUCAUUAAUGUUGUGCACGAGACAUGGGAUCGUGCAGACUCUGGAUUGGAAGAGUUUUGGCUAGAUGUCAUGCUGGAUUUGAAUUUGGAGACUAUCAUGGGUUAG